AAAAGUAAGAAAUGAUUUGGAAAUAGAUACAUGUAGUUGUAAAAGACAAUGGGUCAGGAGGUGUCACUAUACACUGAAAAUUUCCCUAACAUCGCUGUUGUACCAAACUUUCAACAGUUGCUGCCACAUUUACAGAGGAUUAAACCUAAGCUUCGAUUCAAUCGAGAAGGAUUUGACCUUGAGAGAGAGUUAAGGAAGUGGUUGACCUUGAGCAAAAAUGGAGCACAGGAUCAGCCAGAAGAUGAGUGCAGCAAUGAGAGCAUCAAUGAGGGCAGUAAUGAGGUUGAAAGUGACAAAGAAGGUGAUGAAGCUAAGACAGAGGGAGAAACUUAUCAGCUGAGGGUAUAUCAACAUUACCGGACCAAUAUUGGAUCGCCCUCCAUUUAUAGACGAUCCUUCACACAGGAUGAGAUUAAAAGAUUUGUAGAAGAGAACGACGGAUUUCCAUUACCAUCAACUAAUGAAGAGAUAAAAGCAUUUGACCAGCAAGCUUUCAUCGACCAGUCACAAAGUUGCGGUAAGGGAGGAGUACAAAAGCGGAGCAAGAAACGAGACAGACAGAGAUCUAAGUCGGCAACAUCUGUACCAGACUUGGGAACUAUCCGGCUUAAACUUCAGAAAAUACAAUCACCAGGAAAACCAAAGUUUAUUGAGCAUCUUAUAAACCGAGUUGUUUCAAAGCGAGUCAGCAGACGCAAUAGCAAUGGCCUGAACACAACAAAUGAAGAGCCGGUAGAGGUUCCAGAAGAACCACUUUCGCCAGAUUCUGAAAAGUGUCUACAACAGGCAGAAGCUAUUGUUGAGGAAUUAUUAUCAUGCUCAAACAGACCUGCUAGUGGUGAAUCAACUGAUUCUGGUAAAGGCUCAUCAUUAUUAGAAUCAACGAGUGAUUUUUCGCCAACAUCUAAACGGAAGUCUUGGUCAACACCUGCUUCACCUACAUUUCAUGGACUUGUUAAAGAAAGAUUAAAAAGUUUUCAGGCUUUAAAUGAAUCUAGUGACACUGAUUCAGUUUGUUCCCAACCUGGAUCACAUUCGCCUUUACAGAAACAAAAAACCUUCAGAAAUGAAGAGUUUGAUCAAGAAAUCAGAGAAAUAAACAAAAAUAUCAAACAGUUCUAUUGUUCAGAUUCUCAGGAUGAAAGUUUUAAUACAGCAGUAAUGGAAGAAGGUUAUGUUAAAGCUCUUGUAGCUAAGAUAAAUGAGAAUAAAUUAAAACCAGAACCCGCUAAGUCUGUAAGUAGCGAGAGUGAACAUUUAGAAAAUGGCGAGGCAAUAAGUGAAGAUGCUAAACUGAAAUUAGAUAUAGAUCCAGAGGAUUCUGGAUGGAACGAGUGGGUACAGGAAGUUGGGGAUGACAAUGACGGAACAGGAGAAGAAGUGGAAGAAAUUACAACUGUAGAAAAAAGGAUCAGUAAUAUUUCUACAGCAUCAGAUAAAAGGACUAGUGGUAGUUUAGAGAGCAGUGAUGUAAGAUCAAAAUUAACAAGACAUUCUACUUCUGAUAGAAGUUCGAAUACUUCCUCAGGAUCAUCUUCAUCUCGUGCAAAUUCUCAGACAAACUCGGUAUCAGACAGUGAUAACCAUUCUGCAGGUCAGACUGGGUCCACAGAGAAAAGAGGCUGUGUGUCACAGAGUUUCGAUUACGGACUUCUUCCCCUAAAUCCUGCCGAACUAUUUGAUGAGAAUUGGUCAAAAUGUGAACUUAGUUUCGAAGACUUCGACUGUGAUUUUGACUCGCUGUCUGAUUCCAAAAAGAAGGAAGAAGAGGAGAAACCCAAAGAUAAGCUACAUCAGAUCGCACAUGAACUUCUUACAACUGAGAGGGCCUAUGUAGCUAGAUUAAACCUUAUAGAUCAGACGUUCCAUUUCCGCGUUACCAUGGAGAGCAAGAACGGUAACUUCCUGCCAGCAGACGACAUCAAUACAAUGUUUGCGAACAUAAAACCUAUAUGCUUGUUUCACAAAGAUUUCCUGCUCCCUCAACUUGAAGAUAGGAUGCAGCAUUGGUCAAGCUCUCAGAGGAUUGGUGAUGUAAUGGCAAAGCUGGCGCCCUUCCUGAAGAUCUAUACAGAGUAUGUGAAGAAUUAUGACAAGGCGAUGGCCAUGAUUGAUAAAUGGACGUCACAAUCGCCGCGAUUUGCUACACUUCUUCAGGAUAUAAAGUACGUUCUGAAUUAUUAUUUAAAAAGACUUCCACAAGACUCGCCAGAUCGACCUGAUGCCCAAAAAGCCUUGGACCUUGUGACUGAGGCUGCCAGUCAUUCCAAUACUGCCAUGAAGAAGCUGGAUAAAUUUCACAAGUUAUUAAACAUAAUACCUCGGUUGAAUGGAGAAGGGACCAAUGAUUUAGUCAGUCCAACCAGAGAGCUUGUGAAAGAAGGGCCAAUAACAAAAAUAUCAGCUCGCAGUGGAGAAAAGCAAGCAAGAUAUAUUUUCUUAUUUAACGAUUUACUACUAGUGUGUUCAGAACAAAUGAUGGGUUCAUAUAAACUCCGGGCUCGACUGAGUGUAGAUGGGAUGGAAAUAACGGCAGGGGACAAUCAAACCAUACAAAACACAUUCUGUGUUAAAUGUAUUGAGAAGACUGUAGAAUUCCUAGAUGAGGCCAACAGUGGUCAAGGCUUGGACUGGUUUGCAACAUUCCAACAAGUGGUCACAGACUACCAUCAUAAAUCAAAAUUAUGUAGAGUAAAAUCAGAUCCCGGGCCGCCAAACCCUGUAGCUGACAACCAUCCAGAUCUGGAAUCAACAGUAUCUCUAGGUUUAUCAACAAGCAUGUCAUCUCUUUUCACCACAUCAUUACCUGCAAAAAAUCUGGGUAACCAGUUAGGACAGAAGUCUCCACAGUGGGUAAAGGACGAGGAAGUGACAAUGUGUAUGUCAUGUCAGGACAAGUUCACAGCCAUAAAAAGGAGGCACCAUUGUAGGGCAUGUGGCAAGGUAUUUUGUAACAAGUGUUCAUCUAAGAAAGUCCAGUUAGCCUAUGACAGUAACCAGAUGAAUAGAGUAUGUCAGAAAUGUUACGAUAUACUGAAGAAAGGAAAAGGAAGUGUUAGCUCUCUAGAGUUAUCAACGGAAGUUACGCCUAUAUCACCUAAACCAGCCAUUCAGAUACACAAGGCAGAUGAGGCUUCUAUACUAAGUGGUUAUUUAAAUGUGAUGGACAAGGAUCAUAAAUGGACAAAAAAAUGGAUAACCGUUCAUGAUGAUUUUGCUCUCUAUUUUUACAAGAAACAUAAAGAUGUUGCAGCGAUACAGACUUUACCUUUACCUGGUCAUUCUGUAAAGGUGAUAGGAGACUCAGCAGACCGUCCCAACGUGUUCUCCCUAACUCACAAAGAUAUCAAUGUAUGCUUCUUCCAGGCAGAUUCAGAAAUUCAAUUCACGCAAUGGGUGCGUGUCUUAGAGAAGAUGGUCAUUUUGGAAUUACCAACUGAUGAAGAAAAACGCACGUCCACACACUCGGACAGUAGUGGUCAGUCAAACAGUUCCGGCAGCUCAGGCCAUAGCAUAUGAUUUUCAUAUAAAUAGCCAAAUACACAUCCUCGCAUCAUAAAACUUUGUCAUUAUUAAUCAUUACAAUACAAAAAAACAAGUAUAUACAAAAACUGACAUUGGAUUUGUCAGGUAAUUGAAAGCAAUUUAUCAAUGCAAGCUCUCUAGGUUACAAAAUAUUUACUGAAAAGCUCACAGAUUGAUUUUCCAAGCUUUGACAGAAGAAGACGGAAUGGGACAACAAUUUUUAGCCAAAA